UGACCAUUCUCCAUCCUCUAGCAGUCGUUUCAUCCUCCGUUCCUUUGUCUCCUCUCGAUCCUCAUUUGUAGCUACUCGAGGUGCUCUCCUAGCCAGAUCUGGGCGUCUCCUUCCCGGAGAGUUUGGUGCAGCGCUCGUGGGGUGGGCCGGGGAAGGGGCGUCGGUGUGCAUGCCCCAGGCGGUGCGUGCUGAAAUCAGUGUGGGGUCGUUAAUUAGAGGCGACGCCAAGAUCAGAGUCAGCGCCGUCGAAGCUUGCAGUGCAUAGAGUCGUCCUCUAAAUAGCAGCGCUGCAGUACACAAACGUACAUGUACAUCAACCACCGUGCGCCCCUCAACCAAACAACAAAGCAACUAUACUAAUCAACAAGCCAUGUCCAUGGAUCGGGCAACGGGCGCCAUGGGCUCCCUGCUCUCCAAGCUACUCGAGCUCCUCAACGAGGAGUACAAUCUGCAGAAGGGCGUCAAGGAAGGCGUUAGAUCUCUUGAGGAAGAGAUGAGGAGCAUGCAAGCUGUCCUCCAAGUGGUGGGAGAGGUGCCGCGGGACCAGCUCGAUGUCCAGGUCAAGCUCUGGGCAGGGGAGGUCAGGGAGCUCUCCUUCGACAUGGAGGACGUCGUCGACAAGUUCUUGGUGCAUGUCGAUGACGACUCUGAGUCUGCAGCCAAUUCGAAUAAGCUCACACAGCUCACCGAGAAGUUUGCAGGCUUGUUCACUAAAGGGAAGGGUCGCCAUGGGAUCUCCGUUGCGAUCAAGGUCAUCAAUAAGCAAGUCCAAGAGGUUGCUAAAAGGCGUGCAAGGUACAAUGUCGACAAUAUUGUCAUCAGGCCUGCAGUUGUGUCACCUGAUCCUCGCCUUUGGGCUGUCUACACGGAAGUGACAGAGCUUGUUGGUAUUGCUAGAAAAAGGGAAGAGCUGAGGAAGUUGCUCUCGGUGAGGGACAUGUCCAAGAAAAAGAUGAAGAUUCUCUCCAUUGUCGGUUUUGUGGGGUUAGGCAAGACCACUCUUGUCAAAAAGGUAUAUGACAAGAUCAAAGGAGAUUUCGAUUGCAGUGCUUUUGUUUGUAGCGGUCCAAAGGCUGACCCAAAGAAGGUUUUGAUGGACAUCCUUGUGCAUCUUGGUGUAUAUGAAAAUCAGCUCACCCUAUUGGAUGAAAAAUGCCUCAUUAACAAACUCCGUGAAAGUCUAGAGAACAAGAGGUACCUCAUUGUAAUUGAUGAUAUAUGGGAUGAAACAUUGUGGAGAGUCGUCAACUGUGCAUUCUCUAAUAGUAACAAUUUAGGCAGUCGGAUAAUCACGACAACUCGUAUAAUCAGUGUAUCUAAAUUAUGUUCCUCGUCUGCAAAUGAUUCAGUCUAUCAAAUGCAACCUCUUAAUGAUGAUGAUUCAGAAAGUCUCUUCUAUAAAAGGAUUUUUCCUCACGAGAGUGGUUGUCCUUAUGGACUUGAGGAGGCGUCCAUAGCUAUACUGAAUAAAUGUGGUGGGGUGCCAUUAGCCAUCCUUACUGCAGCGAGUCUUUUGGCUAGUAAUCAGCAAAUAAAAACGAAGGAUCAGUGGCAUGUUUUGCUACAGUCUAUUGGUCAUGGACUUACCGAAGACCCUCAUACAAAUGAGAUGCUGAGGAUAGUAUCGUUUAGCUAUUUUGACCUUCCUUCUUAUCUGAAGACAUGUUUACUAUAUCUAAGCAUGUUUCUGGAUGAUCAAGAGAUUGGCAAAGAUCGAUUGAUAUGGAUGUGGAUUGCCGAAAGUUUUGUCCAAUACCAAACAGCAAAAAGUAGUCUCUUUGAGAUUGGAGAAACUUACUUCAAUGAGCUAGUGAACAGGAGCCUGAUCCAGCCGGUAUAUGAUUAUCGUGGCAUUGUAUGUGCCUGUCGUGUACACGCAAUUGUGCUUGAUCUGAUUUGCGGCUUGUCAAGUGAAGAGAACUUUGCUACUAUGUUGAACGGUACUGGUGAUAUGAUGUAUUGUCCGACCACGAUACGCAGGUUGUCCCUCCAGAAUGCAAGAAAAGAAGAACAUCAAACCACUCGUAUCAGAUCUAUGAGCAUGUCCCAGUUGAGGUCCGUUGUUACAUCUGAACCUGCUAUUGGUGUAAUGCCGCCUUUCUCGAGCUUUGCUGUUUUGCGUGUAUUAGAUUUGACUGGAUGUGAUGUUAGUCGUCAUAAUCAUCUUAACCUUAGGGAGUUGGGGAGGUUACUUCACCUGAGGUACCUAGGUCUGUCCACAACAGGAAUUUCUGAUGUCCCGGAAGAAGUUGGAAAGUUACAGUUUUUGCAGGUGCUGGAUUUGAGGCAAAAUUUGGGUAUAAAAGAACUGCCAUCGUCUGUUACUCAACUGAGAAGAUUGAUGUGCCUACUUGUUGACUGUUGCUGCAAGCUUCCAGAUGGGUUUGGAAACCUGACAUCAAUGGAAGUGCUACAAGAGAUCUGUGGUGACUCUCGGAACGUUGUGGAAGAGCUGGGUAACAUGGAAAGGUUGAGGAAACUCAAUAUUUGGUUUAAUGGUUUGAGCUUGAAGCUGGAGGUAGCUUUGGUGGAGUCACUAGUGAAACUGUCCAAGAUCCAGAGUGUUGAAGUUGGGAUCCGUAGUGAUGAUCUUGAAUCCAUGUAUCUUUUGGGGGAACGCUGGGUGCCCCCUCGAAGUCUCCGGGAAUUUAGCAUAAUCGGAUCUGCCAAAUUCUCUAGGCUUCCGGCAUGGAUAAGGAGGAAUCCUUUGCGUCUGUCGGUUCUCUCCCAGUUAAAUAUCUUUGUCGAGGAACUAAGGCAGGAGGACAUGGGAUUGCUUGCAUGGUUACCAGCUCUCUGUAUUCUGGAGUUAUGGACCCUCCACCAAAGGCUGCUAGUCGUUGCUGCCGAUGGGUUCUGCUGUUUGACAUAUCUCACCCUGUUUUCGGAUUCGCCGGGCCAAGUUGUGUUCCAGCCAGGAGCUUUGCCCAGGGCUGAACAAGUUGCGCUCCGUAUCGGUUUGCGAGUUGCAAAAGAGGAAGCUGCUCGCAAUAGUGGUGAUUGGUUUGACCUUGGUAUGGGGAGCCUGCCGUCGCUGCGGAACGUCGAUGUCGAAUUCGACUAUUUGGGAAUGACGGUCAGGGAGGCCAAGCAAGCAGAGGCAGCACUGGAGAACGCUCUCCGUGCCCAUUCUAACUGUCCCACCUUUCGUAUACUCCCAGAGAUACCAGAAGGCGCUCAUGAUGAUGACGUCUACAUUGAGGACGACGGGUCAGAGUGAAGAACAUGCAGAAGCGAGAGCUACAAGGGGUACAAGUCAGAGGGGCAAGAUUGCUGCUGCCAGUGGCAGCUGAUGCGUCCAGUAAGAAGAGAUGGCGGGCAUCUUUUGAUCCUGCGGAUUGCUGGCUAAAGACC